AUGCCGGAUUACGAUGACGAUGUGACCGUCGUUGAUGUGUACGAUUUAGCUUCGGACAUUGGAAAGGAAUGUGAAAUAAUUAUCGAGAAGUACGGCCCUGAGGCUGUGACUGCACUGCUACCGAAGGUGAUUAAUGCUCUAGAACUGCUCGAGAACUUGGCAGUUCGCAAUGAGAAGGAGAACCAAGCGUUUCAUGAAUUGACAGCGAAGAUAUCCCAGUUAGAGAACGAUAAGAUUGAGAAGGCAGAAUACAGGCAAAGAUUCGAAAAGGAAAUAGAAGCAAUUGAAGAACAAUGGCGAACAGAAUCAGCCGAGUUGGUUACAGCAGUGGGAAGACUACAAGAAGAAAACAAGAGACUGAGGAGAACUGUCAACUCGCCUGGGGACGGUGAGUUUCGAUGUACAAGUGCGCCACCGUCGCCUGCGCGUGAGCACGACCAAGAGGUGCUAUCCCGACUGAGCAGUACUGCCGAGAAACAGAGGGCGACGCUACGCCACCAAGAGCUGCAACUGCAAGAGAAGCAGCAACUUAUUGAAAGUUUGACGAAUCAAGUAGAGAAAUUGGCGCAGGUCAGCCGAGAUCUUCGACGGAAGCAUAAGCAGCUACAAAAUCAAAUGCGCUUAGUAUGUGAGGAGAGAACGGAAUUGUCGGCCAUAGUCCAGUCCCAACAGAGAGAUAUAUCCGCACUACAGCAAUCAGACGCACAGAACAAGAAGUGUGCAUCAUGUGGCGUGUCGUUCCCGGAGGGCACGGACGACGAAGACCAAUCUUCGAAACCCACUUUCAGCGUGCGAGAGCUGCGCGCGAUUCUACAAGAACGGAACGACCUCAAGCUCAAGCUGAACAGGGCGGAGGAGCAACUGCAGGCGUUGCAGGCGGAGCCGCAACCGGAUAGCAGCAGCUCGGAUACAUCGCCAUCGCUCAGCAGUACAGUCGUAGAGGAGGAAGAAGCCCCAGUUCAAGGCCCAUUACCGGCGGAGCCGGAUGACGCACCCUGGAAACGAAACAGCGGCAUCAGGAAGUUUUUUCGCAAGCUCUUUGCUGAGUCUGAUAUCGCCGUGGGCCCGUUCCCCCGCCGGGCGCGCUCGCUUGGCGGCAAGCUAUCCGCGGCCCCCGGUGCCGCCUCCGCCCCCGCCCGCGAGGUAGACACGUGGCUGGGGAAAUUCGAAGAGAAAGAGGACGAAAUAGAAGAAGUAGACUUUAGAUUUAGCCACGAUAUCCCUCUACAGAGAUCCAUAUCGUUGGACCGCGGUUUAGAUAUAGUCAAUUACUUACAAGCGUUAGGCUCCGAUUGGUCGGAAAGCGAGAGUUCUACUACAUCGAUGUGGUCGCUGGCGUCCGCUGGACGGUCUGACUUGCGACUUGAACAAUAUAGGAGUUUCGAGGACAUACCGGCACCCCCCAAGACCAGAAACAGGCAUGUAUCUUUGGAUGUUACGAAUUCGCCUCUCGGAAAUAAUCUAGCUCUAUCCGUAUUGCGGGAGAGCUACAAGGGCGUGGACGUAGAGAAGAACAGUGGCAAUGUUUCGCCACAAGUUAAGAAGUUACAAAAGACCUUCUCGUUCAAGAACUUUGAGGACUACAAAGAUUCCGCUAAAAACUCAGUGGAAAAUUUGGAGGAGAACAACGAGGGUGUAGGAUUGAGGAUGUCCUCAUGCAGUGCUAGAAGUGCAGACGUAGAGAUUGAAAGCAGAAAUGUCCGCCAGAGACGACUCGGCGUCACCACCAAUGUAUGGCAACAGAAGUCGAGCAGCGAUUUAAGGAGACUGGUUUUGAUUCAGCAGAAUUUGUCGCACGUUAGAAGUUGUGAUGAUAUAUUUGAGAAGAAUAAAAAGAAACCACCUCGAUGCAGCUCGUCGGAGAUGUUAGGUGCGCAAGAGUUUGUACCGUUGAAGGUUAGUUACGAGAAUGCGAGUGACAUAUCAAACGAACGAAAAUUGAAGGUUAGCUUCUCUUCAUUAACGCGUAGAUUUUCGAAAAUUAAAGACCUGAAGACAUUGGAUACCGAAACACCGAUCUUUAAUUUCAACGUUGUAGAGAACUGCAACUGCCAAAUAUGUUGUGAACGCGACAUUAGGAAGCCCUUUUUGGGGACUAGCAUUAACAAGUUGUUCGUUAAAGUUGUAUAUUACAUGGAAUGCGCUAGGCAAUUCACUUUCUGGGAUGAGAAUAAUAAUUUAACUGAGAACGAGAUGUGUACAUGUAUCAUGCAUCUUUUGAGAUUGCUCUUCGGUCUAUGGUUAAGGCAUUUGGAUCACAGUCCAAGAGUAUAA